AUGGAAGUCAUGACAUUUAUGGAAUUGGUUAAACAGAUUGUCCGUAGAAAUGUUGUAGACUGGUCGAACAUGAGAUUGUCACUGGAAGAGUCGUUGGCAAUGUUUUUAUUUAUCUGUGGUCAAAGUUCAGGCACAAGAAAUGCUGGAGAUCGAUUUCAGCACUCGAAUGAGACAAUUCAUCAACAUUUCGUACUUAUGACGCGGGUGUUGGGAAAUCUUGCGUCAUUUGUAAUCCAACCACCGAACAUGGCUAUAACCCAUCCUAAAAUUCGGAAUGACAGACGGUACUGGCCAUGGUUUAAGGACUGUGUAGGGGCCAUAGAUGGCACACAUAUUGCUGUUGUGGCACCAGAAGGUGACCAAAUGCCAUAUCGAGGUAGAAAAGUGAAAGCUACUCAGAAUGUCAUGGCUGCAUGUUCAUUUGACAUGAAGUUUACAUUUGUAUAUACUGACAAGUAUUAUCUCGUUGACGCCGGGUAUACACACAUGCCCGAGUACGUAGCCCCAUAUCGUGGCCAAAAAUACCAUUUGCAGGAGUUCAAUAGGUGGCGUCGCUAUCAUGGUCCAAAGGAGUUGUUCAACCAUAGACAUUCUUCUUUGAGGAAUGCUAUAGAAAGAACCUUUGGAGUGUUGAAGCAAUGGUUUCCAUUAUUGAAACAUAUGCCACGGUAUGAUAUGGUACGGCAAGGGCCAAUUGUUAUGGCAUGUUAUGUUCUCCACAAUUGGAUCCGGACGGUGCAAGAGCAGGAUGAAUUUUUCGAUGUGGAAGAAUCAAGUGAAGAAGACGACGAUGAAGGUGAAGGUGGAGGUGAAGGUGCAAGUGAAGUUCAAGAUGAAGUCGGAGUUGAAAAUGUCCACGGAAAUGAAGAUGGAGUACCAGCUAUGCAACAACACAACCAUGUCAGCAUGUCACGUGAACAACUAUUGCAGAUGGGACAAUGGCGAGAUGAGGUUGCAACAUCUAUGUGGAAAGCAUACAACAAUAGACAUAUAGCGGCCGCUAAAAGUCGUUUUUCUAGCAGUGUACGAGACCGUGCAGAGGACUACGCUAGGAAGUUGGAAGGUUGGGGAAAAAAGGUGGAGUACGUGGAGUUUGAAGGAAAGCAACAUGGCUUCUUCACCGUUGAUCCUAACUCACCUGAUUCAGAUCAGUUGAUGCUCAUUAUCAAACGGUUCAUCAUCGAGAAUUAG